AUGGAUUCAAAUGGUUCGAGUCGGGUCAUACCUACACCUACGAAUCCAAUGGUAACACCUCUUCUCACAGAUCACUAUCAAUUCACAAUGGCUUACGCAUACUGGAAAGCUGGUAAACAUCAAGAACGUGCUGUAUUUGAUUUGUACUUUCGUAGGAGUCCGUUUGGAGGAGAAUAUACUAUCUUCGCUGGUUUGGAAGAAUGUGUGAGGUUCAUUUCUAAUUACAAGAUAUCUGAAGAGGAGAUUAAUUUUAUUAAGAAUAAUUUGCCUGCUUCAUGUGAGGAUGGUUUCUUUGACUAUCUUAGAGGAAUCGACUGUUCCGAAGUUGAGGUGUAUGCUAUUGCCGAAGGAACUGUUGUUUUUCCUAAGGUGCCACUGAUGAGAAUUGAAGGUCCAGUUGCAGUUGUUCAAUUGCUGGAAACACCUUUUGUUAAUCUAAUUAACUUUGCCUCAUUAGUAGCUACUAAUGCUGCAAGGCACCGUUUUGUUGCUGGGAAAUCUAAAACUUUGCUCGAGUUUGGACUACGAAGGGCUCAGGGGCCUGAUGGUGGAAUAAGUGCAUCAAAGUACGGUUAUAUUGGAGGCUUUGAUGCAACAAGCAAUGUUGCAGCAGGAAGGUUAUUCGGGAUCCCCCUUCGUGGCACUCAUUCACAUGCCUUCGUUAGCUCGUAUAUGGGCGUUAACGAGAUUGCAGACAAAUCACUGCCGAAAAAAGAUGGUUCAGGUGCCUGUGAAGAUUUUGUUGUUUUGGUUCAAAAGUGGCUGAACAAAAUUAAGUGGUCAAAUUCAUUGUGUGGCAUUUUUUCUGAUACCAAUCAAAGUGAGCUGGCAGCAUUCACAUCAUAUGCAUUGGCAUUUCCUGAUAACUUUCUUGCCCUUGUAGACACUUAUGAUGUUGUGAGAAGUGGAGUUCCUAACUUCUGUGCUGUUGCAUUAGCUCUCAGUGAUUUAGGAUACAAAGCAGUUGGCAUUAGACUUGACUCGGGUGACCUCGCAUACUUGUCUUGUGAGUCAAGGAAGUUCUUUUGUUCCAUUGAGAAGGAAUUUGGAGUGCCCGAUUUCGGGAAGAUGUGUAUCACUGCUAGUAACGAUCUUAAUGAGGAAACAUUAGAUGCUUUAAAUAAACAGGGUCAUGAGGUUGAUGCCUAUGGAAUUGGGACAUAUCUUGUUACAUGUUAUACUCAAGCAGCUUUAGGUGUUGUUUUCAAGCUAGUUGAGAUAAACAAACAGCCUCGAAUCAAACUUUCUGAAGAUGUCUCAAAGGUCUCUAUUCCUUGUAAGAAGCGAAUUUAUAGAUUAUAUGGCAAAGAAACUUAUCCCUUGGUUGACAUAAUGAAAGGAGAAAACGAACCCCCUCCAAAGGUAGGAGAAAGAAUAUUGUGUCGCCAUCCGUUUCAAGAAUCGAAGAGAGCAUAUGUAGUGCCACAGCAAGUUGAGGAGCUUCUAAAAUGUUACUUUGCUGGGAGUUCAGAUAAGAAGAGUGAAACUUUACCAUCUUUAAAAGACAUAAGAGAGAAAUGCAUCAAGCAACUUGAACAAAUGCGACCUGAUCACAUGAGAAGACUUAAUCCAACUCCAUACAAGGUUUGUGUCAGUGCGAAAUUAUACGACUUCAUUCAUUUCUUGUGGCUGAAUGAGGCACCUGUUGGGGAGUUGCAGUAA